AUGUCUCAACAUGGACAAUCUUUUGGCACAGGUAAAGAGUGUUACCUAGCAACACCCGGUGUCCUAUCAAUAGUUAAGCUUGGAGGUAUCUCUGGAGAUGCUCCCCCCCUACAAAGACCUGGUUCAGCUUGCUUCAACAGGCCCCAUGACCCCCCUGGACAAACAACAGCCUCAUUCUCUGCACCACCGCUGACCUCAUUGUCUCUUUGUGAAGGGAAAAUCCAGAGUUGCAUUCUGUUAAAUGGCAAAUGGUGCAUCAACUGCGAGCGGGACAGACCUCUCUACCUCCAGCACAUGCCUACAGAUGAGCACGGACUCCACUGCCUUUUCCUUAGGACUGUACGAAGGGAAAACAUGAGUCUUGAUGGAGACACAUUAUCAGUGAUUGAAAACCCGGCGGCUGUCAGCCAUCCCUUUCAUUCAGAGAAAACAGCAGAAGUCGUGGAGACCAAGGGAGUGCAGGGCUGCUUAAAAGGGAUUCACUCGACCACUCACGCUCAGAGGCUGGUGAGGCUGCUGGCAGCGGUGUGUGCCGUCGGACUCUUGGGAGGCUUAGCUGUAGGUGUCUGGUUUCUCGUCAAACUUCUGCUGAAGCCUUCCUACUCCCAAAGUCCAGUGGGACUCGGGGACACAAAGGAGACGCCUUUCUGCAACGUGACAGAAGAUAUUUCUAUCUCUGACCCCAGGAAAGUGUUUUAUAGAAUCAGUCCGGAGAACUCCCUGCUGGAGAUCCAGCUGGGGAAGCUGCCCACCUGGCUACCAGUGUGCUACGAGAGGUGGAACUCUUCACUGGGAACGCUGGUCUGCAGACAGCUUGGCUAUCUGAGACUGACCAAGCAUAAAGGAGUGAAUCUAACUGAUAUCGGGCCAAACUAUACUGAUGGCUUUAUACAAAUUACCUCAGAACACAAGAGCAAUCUGGAAAAUAUGUGGGAAUUCAGGGGGAACUGUAUCACAGGGAAGGUUAUCGCUUUGCAAUGUUUUGAGUGUGGGACACGAGCAAAGCUGCCCAGGAUAAUCGGGGGGGUCGAAGCCACGCUGGGCAGGUGGCCCUGGCAGGUCAGCCUCUACUACAGCAACCGUCACACCUGCGGAGGCUCCAUCAUCACCAGUCAAUGGGUAGUCACAGCUGCCCAUUGUGUGCACAACUACAGGCUACCUCAGGUAUCCAGCUGGGUGGUCUACGCUGGUAUUGUCACCCGCAGCUCGGCUAAGAUGGCUCAGCACACAGGACAUGCGGUGGAGAAGAUAAUUUACAACAAGAACUAUAACCACAGGAGCCACGACAGUGAUAUAGCCCUGAUGAAACUACAGACCCCGUUGAAUUUCUCAGAUACAAUUAGGCCCGUCUGCUUGCCUCAGUACGACUAUGAUCUGCCAGGAGGUACACAGUGCUGGAUCUCUGGAUGGGGAUACACCCAGCCUGAUGGUGUUCACUCACCUGACACGCUGAAAGAGGCUCCAGUUCCCAUAAUAAGCACAAAGAAGUGUAACAGCACCUGCAUGUACAAUGGAGAGAUCUCGCCACGGAUGCUUUGUGCCGGAUACACAGAGGGAAAAGUGGAUGCGUGCCAGGGGGACAGCGGCGGUCCUCUGGUUUGCCAGGAGGAAAAUGUGUGGAGGCUGGUGGGGGUCGUCAGCUGGGGGACAGGCUGUGCUGAACCCAACCAUCCAGGAGUUUACACCAACGUGGCUGAAUUCUUGAGCUGGAUCUACGACAUGAUUGAGGAGCCCAAGAAAGGGUCACUGUACAUCAACAUAUGCAGCUGGAAACGUGUGCCUGCACCUCAGGACCCCAGCAGGCCUUUCCCUGUGUGUGCAGGAAAACUAGAAACAGACAAAAAUGAAGGUCAAGUUUGUUACACUGUGUUGGAUGUGGCAUUAAACCCUGCAGUGCUACAGGAAAGCAAGAAAUACAAAACAGAAGUCUAUAUGCUGGCCCUGAGCUUUGCCCAGCAGCAGCAUGGGAUGAGGUUAUCUCAGGAGUACACUGUUGUCAGCUGUAGCCCAAAAAGUAGCCCAGAUGACUUGCACCGUCGGCUUGGGUUUCGGCAGUUGUCUAACACCUCCAGACAACCAGACACAGCCAGUCAGACCCCAGGUGCCCUUCUGCAGCAGAUCGCCUCUCUGCGCUCAGAGAAACAACACGAGGACCCACCAGCCCAAAUAAACUUCCGACCUGCGGACUAUAAAAAUAAGGAUUUGAUCCAGGUCAUCUCCACCACAUUUGUGCAGCCUCAGAAGCCAGAGUACCAACUUGAGGUGAAGACUGAUACCGAAGGAGUUGUUCGCAGCAUGGAGCUGACAGUGGAGCUGCCAAAGGUUCGCUCCAUGUCGGAGUGUCAGCUGAGAAUCUCUAAGGACGACGUCUUACUGGAGGUGGAGGAUGUCUACUAUUUGGUUUUGGAAUUCCCCAAAACUGUCAUUGAAGACACUGCGUCUGCCAUUUUCAACAAGAAGAAACGGAGGCUUACUUUGAGAGUGGAUGUUUUCUGACCAAUUGCCUUAAUGGAGAAACAAAUGAGCACAGAGGUGAUCAGUUGUGCUGGGAAUGGGCUUAAGAAAAUGUGAAACUAGUAGUAAAUUCUGACACUGACAAUCCAAAAAAAGUAAAAAGGUAAAUAACCAAAACAAACUAAAUUCCUGCUAUGUAAUCUGAAAAGCCGUGUGAACACAUUAUAUAUUAUAUUUACCAA